CCCGGACCAGUCGUCAGUACGCCCGAGUGGGAGAAACAGAGAGAGAAAGCGGCGACAGAAUAAAAGUUCACCACCAACCAGAAAAAGUUGAAGAAGAAGAAGAAGAAAACAAAACAGAAUUUCAGUUUGUUGCUUUUUCUGUGGUUCGUUUUGGCGUCAGCUAUUAUUCAGUUUUCUCGGUUCGUCGAGCUCACACAAGUCAGCAUUAAUUUACCCGGCACGACUCAAUUGCGCAGAUCCUCAACUGUUGUCUAUAAUCCGCCAUCAACUUGUGCAACCAUUGCGGAAAAAACUUGGCCAGCCAUCGGAUUGUUUAUUGUAGCGCUUCGAUAGUGAUUCACGUUCCACUCGUUGGCGUGAGUGUGUAGAAAGAGAUCCGAGUGGUUUUACCGGGAAUAGUCAGAUCAGCGUGUGGGCGCGCGUGCGUUGCGCACCAAAAAAGAAAACAAAUUACGUUCGAAUACCAGGAGGAGAAGGAAGAUCAAGAUUAUUGGGUAAUAGUUGAGCGUUAUCCAUCAGUGAAUUUUUAGCCGAGAAAACAAAAUAACAAGACGUGCCGGUGAGCAAGCAAAGCUCCUUUAGCCUGGAACAAUAAUAAAAAGAACAGCCACCACCACAUCCAUCAAAAAUAUUGAAAACAACCAAACAAAAAAAAAAAGAGAAAUGGCGUCGACGUCAAACUACCUGUGGAUUAUCUCCUUGCUGUUGACAGCCAUCAUUCAGAUGGCCGACAGUCAACUACCCAGUCCCGUCGAUGCAGAAUUUCUCCCUUCGGUCACGGCCAGUUGCCAGGGCGGACUGAUGACCAUCAAAGUGGAAACCAAGCAAGCUUUCCAAGGCGUGAUGCACGUGUGUGACCGGGCCAGAGGCGACUGCAAGCGAAGUCCAGCCUGUACCGUCUACGGUGACAGCAACACGACGGCCAGUUUGCGCAUCAACAUGCUGGCCAGGCCGAACGACACGGAUUUCUGCGGUGUCUACAUCAAUGACCGAACGAGCGAGCGAUCGGUGCCAAUUGCCGUUCGUUUCCACCGGACGCUGGAGUUGGGAGACGACAAAUAUUACGUCAUCACUUGCGGGCGAUCCGCCUUCCGCAACUCAAGGAACGAGACGGCCGACGCCUACAUGAGACUUUACAGCGAAGAUAAUAAGCGAGUCACCGAAGCCGUCUACGGCAGAAAAUACAAACUCAGAGUCGGCGUUAAUAAUCUUGACAGUUUUUACGGAUUCCGACCGUCUUCGUGCUUCACCUACGGCGGGCCCAACAGCAGCGUCAUUCCAUUGUUCGAUAAACGAGGGUGCCCGGAGAAGAAGAUAGCCACGAAUUUCGUCCACGACAACAAAGGUUACGCCGAAGCAGAGAUCCCCAUGUACCGUUUUGCCGAGUACAACGUCGUCAACAUUCAGUGCGACAUCCUCGUCUGCAAAGGCGGGUGCGGCGAAGCAUUCUGCGACGACGACAUCACUCCGUUCGCCCAGGGUCGAGCCAUUGGCCGCGACGUUCCCGACUCGGAGGGGAGUCUGAUGGCCUCCUACAGCGUCUACGUCGUCGAUCCAGGAGCUGCCCCACUGGCAGUGGCAGCUUGUUCGGGUAUUCAACCUCUUUGGCUGCUCUAUUUGUGCAUCGCUUUCGGCAUCCUCUUCCUGAUUAUGCUCAUCAUCAACGUGUUCCUCUGCUCGGCCAUGACCUGCUCUUGUUCCAAGACCGAAGUCAUCGAAAAGGAGCCCAGCAUCAUAGAAGAGUAUGACCCUUACCGCUCCUGGCACGGAUCGCAAUACGGAUCACGGUACUCGCUGAACGGAGUGAGCAAACCGGGCUACAUCUCGGCGGGUUCAACCAUGAACUCGACCCGCUCCUAUUCGACCAACAGCGAUCAUUACGCCAUCGUCCAUUCCAGGCCCGGAAGCCGCUAUUCGGCGCCAGGGGCCAAUGGAGUUCAUCACGGCCAACGACAGCAGAACGGGCAGGCCAAUCACCACCAUCAAACAGCCACUCAACAGCGACGUGAUCCGCGCAACGGAAACGGCGAAGUCCAUCACGGUCCCGGCCCAGGCUCCAUUUCGGGCUCGCAUUACUCGGCCAACGGGACUCGGCUGCAUUGAUGAUCACGACGAUGAUGAUGAUGAUGGCGGGAGACAAAGAGCUGCUGGAAGAGAGGAGGAACAACAACUGUACAUAUAUUCUUUCCACCUUGAGUUUGCUGCUGUGCCGCUGCAUAUGAAGCCGACGAACCGCUGCUGCUGUUUGCUGCUGCUGCUGCGGGACUUGUGUAACUUGCGUGACUCGCCGGGGUGAAAGGUCGACUCCUAUGAGAGAGUGGAAUACAUACACAUAUACAUACACAUGCGGGAGCAGCCAACAGACGUACGGAAUGAAAGAAGAGGAAGAGGGCGGAGACGGAAAGAAGAAGAAGAAGAAGAAAUUGUUGAAGAGUUGAAGAAAGAAGAAAAUUUUUUUGUUUUUGUUUUGUGUUUUAUUUUUAUUUUUUCCUCCCUUUUUUUGUGAAAAACAAGGCCAUAGUAAAAGAAGAAGAAAAAAGACAUAUAAAAGACAUUUACGCAUUCACGGGGAAGACGAAACGAGUUGAUCUAAUUCUAAUAAUAAAAAUUACAAAAAAAAAGGGGAAAAUGGGGGGCAGCUAGACCGCCGUUUGUUACGGCCGCCACCACACGUCACCUCCGUUGCGAUCCAUCCGUCAUAUUAUAGAUCUAUAUAUUAUUUUUGUUGCCUCUUUUUUUAUCGUCUGUACAUGUUCUUGAACGUGUUUCGUUUUCUUUUCGAGAAACUAAAAAAAAAAAAAAAAAACCAAAAACACACUAAAGACUUUGACGGGAGCAAUUAAGACAUAAACAAAUGCGCUAUAAUAAAAACACGAAAAACAAAACAAAAUGCAUAUUCCCCCCCACUAACAUUCGUCGUUCUUACCAAACAAGAUUCGUUAUUGUGCGCGAUGUGUGCUGUGCUGUGUGCUCUUAGGCGUAUUAUCUACCUAAAAAACCCCCCACGGUGUGUAAUCGUGCCGAACUUAACUACUCGCGGAUUUUAUUUGGCUACAAUGAGAAAUCACGCAAAGUGGUUUUUGGCAAUAUAUCAAUCAAGCACUGGCGCACAUAUAGAGUUGCGGGUGCCCAUGUCUCUCUGUGUGUAUUUGUGAGUGUUAUACCUUUUUGUUUUGGUAAUUCUUAUCGCCUUUUGUGCAUUUAUAUCUUUGAUUUCUAUCGCGUUCGAUUGUAUUGGCUCCAUCAUCCCUCACUACAAAAAACCUAAUUGUAUCAGUGCGAGUGAAAAACCGUGUGAAUGUCUCAAAGAACAAAAACCAACAAAAACACAUAAAUCAUGUUAUAAUUCUAAUGAUGUUACAUCACGUCGUGUGUUUCAUGAAAUGAUUAAUAAUAAUAAAUAAAAACAUGUACAUAACCCCAAAAAA